GGCUCCGCCCCGCGCCUCCCCUUCCUUCCCGCCCGCGGCGCGCGCGCUUCCAAAGGCGGCGGAGGCUCCCUGAGGGCAGCGGGCUGCGGCACCUGCGGCGGCGGGGCCGAGCACAGACACAGAGAAAGCUGAUUUGUAUCGGGGACAAUUUUUCACUAACUUCACCCUCGGUUUUAUAUUCGGCCUCAUAUACUGAACAGCAGAAUGUCCUCAAAGAAGAAAAUAAAGACGACUCAUACCAGCUAUAAGCUAGAGGAGCACAAAGCCAACUCCAAUCCUCGCUGGAAAUCACUUCCUCUUGAGGAACCAGAUGUCUCAAGGAUAUUGAAGUUGGCAGAAACAAAUCACCUUGAGGAGCUUGAGGAUUCCUUUGAUCACCCUUUGCACAGUACUGCUGUGGAUGCCUAUGGAGAGGAACAUUCACAAAACGAAGCACUCAGUCAUGUUUCGGCACCACAAAGGCAAAACAGACGGUCUGGUGGGAAAAAACCAAAAUUGUCAGCAUUUAAUUUAGUCUUCAGUAAAAAACCGCGUCACUCAAAGCCCUCUGAUGGUGAUGUUCAGAAAUCCAACACAGCUGAUGCUGGAGAGGAACCCCUUAAGGAGACUGUGAACACUCUGAAUACUACUCAGUUCCAGGCAAAAAAGAAGAGGCCUUCAGAGGAGAACACAUCAGAGCCUCCUGUGGAUAGCCCACAGUCUGUACAGAUUUGGUGUCCCAAAGAGCUGAAGAGAACUGCUAGAGAUAUUACAGAACUGGAUGUUGUUCUGGCCGAAGUUGAGAAAAUAGCAGCAAAUUACAGAGAAAGUAUAGAAUCAAACAUUUGCAGAAAGGCUAUCAAUGACUUCUCUUCUGCUUUCAAGGACCAAAUCACUGAUCUUAUAGCAGGAGUCCAGGAAUUAAAGAAUAUGAAGGAAAAAAAUGCUAAGGCAAUAACAAACAUCAAAAAGAAAAGGCAGCAACUGGUGCAAGUCAGAGAAGAGCUAACUGGAGCUGAACUGCAACUGACACAACUACAAAAAGAAUAUGCUGAGCUGCAGGAAAGGAAAUCAUCCUUGAGGCAAGCAGUUGAAUUAAUUACUGAUUUAAAGGAGCUACAGCAAGACUGUUUGGAUUAUAGAGAAGAAAACCCGAAACCAAAAGUGGUAUAUGGAACUUCCAGCCUCCCUGCUCUUCUGGUGGAGUCUCGGAGAAUUCUGGGAGCAGAAAGGCACUUUGAGAGUAUCAAUAUGAAACUGGAAGAGGCUCUGGCUGUACAAAAAGAGCAGAGAUCAAAGAAAAAUUAAGUGUCUUUUUAAGACUUUCAGACAUUCAGUAGGAACAGUUACAAGAAUUGUCAGUGCUUAAAGCUUGUUUAAUUAUUGUUACUCUAUUUUGUUUCAGUGUUUAAGUCAGCAGCUUAGAGACUGUAUCUUUUUAUUGUCAAAUAGUCUCAGAAUAUCAAUGAAAGGAAACAGCAAUCACAGUUCAUAAAACUUUCGUGUAUUCUGAACAACACUGGGUGUUAAUCUUGUGCUAUUAAAGUAAUCUUGAGAGGAAUAUAUUCAUAAAGAGAACACAGACUCUGGUUGAACAAAGAUUAAUAAACAAUUCUUUUUAUUAAA